AUGAGCAUACCACAGAAAGUAGCAAAGUCGGUCAUAAAAAAAUCGUUACGAUCGAACUUUAGGGAAAGCCAAAAUGAGAAGACACAUGCCGGAAGUUCUGAUGCCGGACCUAGUAAUAGUGCCAACAUACUGAUGAACAAAAAAGACAAAAAGAACAAAUGGAAUAUUCCGCCCGGGCUGACAAAGAACGAAGCGCAGGCACUAAAGAUUGUUAAGAAACGAGCGCGACUGUAUGAUACAAAUUUCUGCUCGUGUUGCUGCUUCAAUGUGGGCCUGGAGCCUGUCGUUGGAUUGAUUCCUAUAAUUGGAGAUUUUAUUGGAGUAUUUCUUGCCCUAAUGUUGGUUAAUACUGCAAAAAAGGCCGAUUUGCCACAGUUGAUUGUGAGCAAGAUGCUGCUGAACGUUUGGAUAGACUUUUUGUUAGGAUUGAUCCCAUUUGUGGGAGAUGUAUUUGACUUCUUUUACAAGUGUAAUACCCGGAAUGCAAUUAUCCUACACACAUUUCUUGAGAAUAGGGCAAAGAAUAGAUCUUUAGUUGAAGAGGGAACAGUCGAGAUUAUUGCUCCUAGAUACCCUCAACCGCCAGAAACUUCUAUGAUACGAUGA